CAUCUAAUCGAUGCUCAAAACUUUAAGUACCAAGGCUAAAACCGUAGCGUUCCUCAUCAGAUUCACCCGCACCACCACCAUCCUUCCUAGCGUGAGGCCUCUUGCAACCAUGGUCUCGUCGCUGCCAUCUUUACCUUCUAUUCUAGGCACGGACCCCUCGUCCUGCAUUCUAGAUGCGUUCCGGACGGCGAUUGCAAAGCGUAUCUCACAUGCGCUGCCACCCCUUACACUCGAACAGGCUUAUACUGGAGUUGACUAUGGAAAGAAGGGAGUCGAUUUUACGGUUGCUCUUCCUCGGUUCAGGCUGCCGGGCAAGCCUGACGAGCUAGCAAAGAAAGUUGUAACGGAUUUCCAAGCUGAUGACUUCAUCUCGUCAAUCACCCACGACAAGCAAUUUCUUCAUUUCCAACUUAACACCGCCUCCCUCAUCCGCGAAGUGCUUAAUCAAAUACAUACCCUCACCUACGACAGCCCUACAGGCAAGCCGUCAUACGGUACAAACACCUCUGGCGCGGGGAAGAAACUCGUCAUCGAGUACUCGUCCCCUAACAUAGCCAAAUCUUUCCAUGUUGGACAUCUUCGAAGUACGAUCAUAGGCGCGUUUUUAGACAACUUGUAUAAAGCAUGCGGAUGGGAAGUUGUCUCUCUAAAUUACCUGGGCGACUGGGGCACACAGUUUGGCAUGAUUACUACUGGAUUCGAAAAAUACGGUUCGCAAGAGGAACUUGAAAAAGAUGCGAUCAAGCAUCUCUAUGACGUCUACGUCAAAGUCUCCAAAGAUGCCGAUUCAGAUCCCAAUGUUAAAGUCGAAGCCGCCCAAUGGUUCAAGCGGAUGGAGGAUGGUGACGAGUUGGCACUUGCGAACUGGCGAGUGUGGCGGGAGAUGAGCGUCAAAAAAUACAUAGAGGAAUACGAGCGAUUAAACGUGUCGUUCGAUGUCUACACUGGAGAGAGCGAGGUGGGUAAGGAGUGGCAGGAUCGGGCUCUCGAGCGCCUCGAAGAGAUGGGUCUCAUCAGCGAUGCCAACGGUGCCAAACUCGUCGAUCUCGAAAAGUGGAAACUCGGAAAGGCUGUGCUGCGCAAAGCUAAUGGCACUUCAAUAUAUCUUACUCGUGACAUUGGCGGUGCGAUAGAACGAUGGGAGAAAUACCACUUCGACAAGAUGAUCUAUGUCGUUGCAUCGCAGCAGGACCUGCACCUCUCGCAGUUUUUCAAGAUGCUGUCAUUGAUGGAGUUCCCAUGGGCAGACCGCCUUGAACAUGUCAACUACGGCUUAGUGCUCGGCAUGAGUACCCGGAAGGGAACCGCAGUCUUCUUGGAUCAGAUCAUCCGCGAAGCCUCAUCAGUCAUGCACGAGCAAAUGAAGCGGAACGAGGCGAAGUACAACAACAUCGAAGACCCUGAGAUGGUCGCUCGAGAAGUGGGCAUCACGGGAAUCAAGAUCCAGGACAUGGCUGCCAAGCGGAUCAAUAACUACACCUUCAAUUGGGACCGCAUGCUUUCCUUCGAGGGCGAUACCGGACCUUACUUGCAAUACGCACAUGUCCGACUCACCUCCAUGGAGCGGAAAAAUCCAGAACUUAUUCCCCUGCCGCCUCCAUCCGAAAUCGACACUUCCUCUCUCGCUUCCUCCCAACACGCACGCGACAUCGCUAUCCUUCUAGGAUCCUACCCCGAUGUCGUGAAGACCGCAUUGAAGACCCACGAGCCCAGUGGCGUGGUAACUUUCGCUUUCCGGUUGGCGCACGCAAUUUCGAGCGCUUGGGAGACGCUCAUCGUCAAAGGGGAAGAAGAUACGGAGAAAGCUCGCGCAAGACUGUGGCUCUACAUUUGUGCGAGGGAUGUGUUGGGUGCUGCGAUGCGGCUGCUGAGCAUCAGGCCUCUUGAGAGGAUGUAGUGGGUGUUUUUUGUGUCCGCAUUUAAAUCAAUCAAUACAGAAUACGCGAUCGUAAUUGUAGAAGGUUGGGCGUACUCGCUUCGACUGAAAUUCUUGUUUGUACUUAGCGCACCGCGCGAGCUACCCUAGGUAAUUAUAACCGUCCAUCACUGGAAUUCAGACGCGGUGCAAAUAGAUGUUCACAUCUUCAAGAUAUUUUG